CCCUAACGGGUUGGGCGAGGCUUACACAUUUCUGAUCCAAUUACAAAACAGAAAAAAGAAGAGGUUGCCAGAUCCUGUGUGAUCUCACGGAAAGCAGAAAGAAAAGCAACUUGCUCUUAAUAACCCUUGGGGAGAAAGCUAGAAUCUUCAGUUCAAUCGAAAAAGGAAAAGGUUGAAGCUUUGCUUUUUGUUUUGUUUUUAGUUUUGUAGAACGACACUGUUUAAUUGCAAUUUUGGGAUGUGUGGAUUUUCUCUGAUCUCUGUUCUCCUACAAGGGAAGGGCUCAAAGUGUUGUUGUUCUUUUGAGCUUCCAUCUGUUUAUAUAUAGACAUAAGUUUGAUGAAUUGGGUGUACUUUACUACUAAUCGGCUUUCUCGUGUUACUCGAGUACCUUCCCUUAAUUCAAUUUUUUAAAAAAGGAUAACAAGGUUCGAACCUUUAACCUUGUUAAACUUGAGCUUCAUCGCGUAGUUGUUGUGUGUGCUCAAAUCUUUGUAAUUAAUGAAUAGUACUGGAUCUUAUGGUUUGUGGAACUUCUCUCUUCUUUGUUAUCUCUUUGGGUUAUUUUUUAUAACAUUCAGACAAUUUUGGAGCUUUCUGGUGCUAUUCGAUCUCAGAAAAAUCUUCCCUUAAUUCAAUUCAAAACGGGAAAAUGUGUGAACCUUUUAGCUUAUGUAACCUUCACUCUGAAUCUUCCCUUAAAUCUUCACUCUGAGCUGACUUCAUGUUUCAGGCACUUACUUUUAAGGAAGAGAUUGCUUCUGUCUCUCUAUGGAUACCAAAAAGCUGGAUACUGGCUCCGAUGAUGCAAUCAGCUGGCUCCCUCAAGAGGUUCUGGGCGCCAUCUUGUCCUCAUUUCCGACCAAACUGGCUGCUUCAACAUCUCUUCUCUCGAAAAAGUGGAGGAAUGUGUUUGCAUUGGUGCAUAAUCUCGAUUUUGAUGAUUCUGACUUGCUGCAACCGGAAGAGGAUGAAGAAGAGAGGGGGGGGUGAUGCGGGAGAGCUUCAGGGAUUUCGUUGAUAGAACACUCGCUUUGCAAUGCGGUUCGUCUAUCAAGAAAUUCUCUCUAAAAUGCCACAUUCACGACGGUGACAGCAAGUUGGCUCAUGUGGUCCGCUGGGUAUGUAAUGCCUUAGCUCGUGGUGUUUUUCAGAUGGAUCUAAGUAUAAAGACUAGCUUUCAAGUCUUGCUACCUCCUGAGCUCUUCACGAGCAAGACGCUGGUUAAACUGAGACUGGGAACACAAGUUUGUUUUGGAGAAAUUCCUCCAAAUGUGUCUCUCCCAGCGCUGAAGAUUCUCAUCCUAGAAUCAGUCGUGAUUCGACCUGACGAUAUGUGCUUUGUACUUCUUCCUGGCUGUCCAGUGCUCGAGGAGUUAUAUGUGUAUCACGACGGGUUUGAAGGAUGGCCAUACCGCAUAUCGAGUCAGACCAUCAAGAGACUAUUAGUUCAGUACGACGAAUUUGAUAUUGAAUCUAUGAGUUUUAUGUCAAUUGACGCCCCAAAUCUACUCUUCCUGCACUACUCCCAUUAUGCCUUGUCUGAUUAUCCACAAGUUAACUUGGCUUCUCUAGUCGAAGCUAGGUUAGAUAUUCAAUGUACUAAAACAAUCAAGAGGCCGGAUCUAACGGGUCUCAUUAUGGGGAUAAGCAACGUGGAGACGCUGCAUCUUUCUCCCGAUUCUGUUGAUGUGAUUUCUCGAUGUGUUAGACAUGGACUACUUCUACCACUGUUCAACAAUCUGGUAAGUUUGUCUUUCGGGAGCAAGAAUAAAAGCGGUUGGAAACUGCUGCCAUAUCUGCUUGAACAGUCUCCGAAGCUUGAAACUGUAAUCAUCCAGGGGAUGGAUAGCUACACAGGCGAUGUGACCAUGCGUCCCCUCCAAGUGAAGGUGUUGCGCGUUCUUGGUUAUGGAGGAUCUGCUAAAGAGUUGGAACACUUGAAGAAAUUUACUGGGGAGUCUGAAUGCCUUGAAGUUGUGCUAGUGGAUGCUGCGGAAGCUGUGGUGGAGGAUGCCAUGUAUUGCAAACCAAAAGGGUUCUAUUGUUGACGCUUCUUGGAUUUUCAGUUUCAUCCAAGUGCAAGAUCUCAUGUUAAAGUAUACUCUUGUGUAACAUUAAACUUAUAAAUUGCUUCAUGUCGCAUUGCUCUUGCAGUGAGCUACUGUUCUGUAACAUUAAACUCGUACCCCAUAAAUUUAUUUGCUUCUAACCUGAUU